AUUUAAAAAACUAUACUAUCGUGUAUUUAUUUUAUCUGACAUGUUUGCAGGUUUUAGAUCAAAUAAUACAAUAUUUAUCGAAAGUAGUUAAGUCAUUUUACAAAUUAAAUCCUAAAUUAGCUAGACUGAAAAAAGAAAAUGAUUUAUUAGUUAGCAAACAUGAUCAUACUUUCGACAUGUUGUGUAGCAGAAGGUUUAUAAUGCUGCAAUCUCUGUACAAUCUUAUAAUUACGAUACUGUCAGCAUGUCUACAUAGAGAAGAUUCGAGGAAAAUGAUCGAGUCUUGUUUAAGCUUAGUGGGUAUUUAUAACAACUUGAUCGGUUUGAGCUACAAGAGGUUUACAGCUAAAUUCAAUAUCUGCAGUAACACAUAUCCAAACACUAUAAGUGAAACGAAAACUCUUACUCUUACUAAAUUAGUACAGGUUCUGGCCAAAAGCCGCACGGAAACAAAUUGUCAUCGUCUAAUCAAUUGUUUAGUCAUGAUGUAUAAACCCGAAGACCAUGCUGAUAGCGACUCCAGUUCCAGUACAGCUGACAGUUUGGAAAUAUAUCACACUUUAACUAAACACAUAACACCACCAACGUCUUCCGCAUCUCGACGUCUGAACAUGAACAAACGUCGACAAGCUUUCAUAGAUAAUAAAAAAGCCAAAAUGAAACAAGCGCAGAGUCUUAUCGAACCUAAAAACGGACAUAAAAAGCUGACUGAAGUACUGAACCCACAAAUUUCGGAUUCCGAAGUGCCUUACUCUUCACUUUUAACCAACGAAUGUGUAUUAGACGCCUUUAAUAGUGAAGAAAACGUCAAUACAAUUUUGCAGAGUGAAGAAAUAUACAUAGAGAUACUACUAGACACUGUAGCAAAUGUUUCUCCUUUGUUAUUGGGACCAAAGGGUGUCAAAAAUCUAAAAUCAGGUAGGAUACAAGCUAGCAAAAAAUCAGCCCAAAAAGUAACACAGUACUAUCAAAAUUUGCUUUGGGGUGAUGUCGGUAGUUGCCUAGAACAUAUCGUGCUUUGGUGGUCUUCAUUUCCAUUAGCUACAAGAUCGCCCAAUACGAGUCAAAAUCUUCGUCAAUGGUUGUUUUCUACUUUCAACGAUAAUAAUACUCCAGAUUUAGUACUAUCAUCAUUGAGAAUAUUAGCUGACGCCUUAGGAUGCCAUGUCACAUCAACUUCUUGGGACAAGCAUUUUGGGGCAACAUUAACAACAAAUUUAAAGCCGACCGCUUUAAAGGAUUACUCGAACCUCUCUGUCGCCAUCAACGAAGCUACAGAAUCUGGAGCUAACUUCGCAGUGAUGCUUCAAGAGCUCGUGACUCUAAACAACCAUUGCGAAGUAACCUGGGACUAUAUUUUAGGGGCGCCGUUAGAGGACUUGCCUAUAGUGGAACAAAUACCUAUUUUACAUCGAUUAGAUCAUUCAAUCCAUACGUAUCGACUGUGGUGCCUUGCGGAAACACGUCGUUUGGCGAACCUCUGGGAUAUGGAUAACUUCUUCCGAGUAGCUCAAAACGAUAUGCAAGUUUGCUUAGAGCAACUUGUAAACUUGCGUUUCGCUGAUCACAACGAUACCCUUGAAUCUGGUAAAGUUGGUGUACACGAAAAUGUUUGCGCUAAAAUGAGAGAAAAGUUAGUGUCAGAAGUGAAAGUCAACAUUCAGAAACUAAAGGAGGCGGCAGAUGAAAUAACGACGGUUCUGUCGUCCGUAUGCGCCACAAUAAGCCUAGCGCAUCUCACGAUGAUAUUCCCGAGCAACGCCGAGUGGCGGAGGGUAGUUCAACCGCCAGAUCCUACCUUUUCCUUAUAUGUACACGAGUUCCUAGAUAAAAUGUUAUUGCCAGUUAUAAAAGCAACUAAAGAUAUUACGACUUUAAACAUGGUGCUAAGGAUAAUGUGCGAGUCGUGGCUACAUCAUAUUUAUGUGGCGAAAGUAAAAUUUACAAAAGAUGCUGCGGUACAGUUAUUAGCAGAUUUCAAUGAAGUCCGCGUUUGGUUAAACAACUGCAAACCUCUUGCAGCCUCAUCUAAGAAACACAUCUUGCAAAACGAAGUGUUGAGGAGAUGCGAAGGCGUUGGAAGAUUGUUACUUCACGCGCCAGGCGAUCUCAUAUCAAUGCAAGAGUCAACGAUGCAGUCCGCUAAGAUUCGAAAAGAUGAAAGCGACACUCCGGAGCAGCUAAUGCCGGCUGAGAUGUACGUGCCGAACCAGAAGCAGUGGCUGACGUUACGUGCGGGCAAGUUCAAGGGGCCAGUCGCCUUUACCCUAUGUUGCUUAGUUUUAUAUUAAUAUGUUAACUCAAUAAAUAUAUAUUUGAA